AAUUUGGCGCGCAGAACGAAAAACAAAUUAGGGCUUCUUAAUCGAAUUGUCUGGAACGAACUGGAGGAGGGAAUCAAGAAGCCAGAAUGGCGACGAAGCGCAUUUCGAAGCGAAGACGCGUGAUCCAGGACGAGUCUAAGAAAGAAGAGCAGGAAGAAGGUGCUGGAAAUGGAAAUGGUAGUUCUGGUGAGCAAUCGGCGGAGAAGAAGGCAGAGAAGUCACCGGUCAUCGUGUUUGCACACGGGGCGGGUGCUCCUUCCUCUUCUGAGUGGAUGGUUAGAUGGAAAGAUAUGUUAUGCAAAGCGCUAAACGCGGUUGAAGUAGUGACUUUUGACUACCCUUACAUGGCAGGAGGGAAUCGAAGGGCACCUCCCAAGGCUGACAAAUUAGUUGAUUUUCACUGUGACAUUGUUCGAAAGACCAUGGCUAAGUACCCUGGGCAUCCACUGGUCUUGGCUGGGAAGUCCAUGGGAUCAAGGGUCAGCUGUAUGGUUGCUGUAGAAGAAGAUAUUGCUGCUUCAGUUAUAAUUUGUUUGGGAUACCCACUAAAGGGUAUAAAUGGUGCAGUGCGGGAUGAAACUCUGCUGCAACUUUCAGUCCCUGUAGUCUUUGUGCAGGGUAGCAAAGAUCAACUGUGUCCGCUGGAAAGGUUGGAAGCUGUAAGGAAGAAAAUGAAAUCCAACACAUCAUUGCAUGUAAUUGAUGGUGGUGAUCACUCAUUCAAGAUUUCAAAAAAACAUCUACUCGCUGAAGGAUCUAGUCAAGAAGAGGUAGAAGAGCAUGCUGUGCAAGAAGUGGCAAGAGUUGUUUCAGGUUAUUUGAAGGGGACUUGA